AUGGACGGUGAAGAGGAGGCUGAGGAGCUGGCCGACCAGCCUGAGCCAGAAAAUGACACUGUCCUGGAGGUUGGCGCCGAGCUCUUCCCUGUCAACAGGUGGACCCUGGCCCGCCACAGCCGGUACUUCGAGGCCAUGUUCUAUGGGGGCACCCGAGAGCGCACCGAGAGGCACAUCACGAUCAGGGGGGUCGAGACAGAGCCCUUCCGGGCCCUCCUCAACUUCGCCCGGACGGGCACGAUCGCCAUCGACCGCCACAACGUGGCCAGCCUGGUGGAGGCGGCCGACUUCCUCCAGUUCGAGAGCAUGAAGAGACGCUGCGAGAGGUUUCUGGAAAGGGAGCUGCACAUUUCCAACUGCCUCAGCUUGCUGGCCUAUGCCGAGCAUUUUGCUUGCAGCGGUCUCCGCGAGGCGGCCCUGGCCGUCGCGCUCAGCCACUGGGCAGACGUGGCCGCCCACGAGGAGUUCGAGGACCUCCCCAAGGCCUCGCUGGUGGAGCUGCUGCAGAGCGACGACCUCUUCGUGGCCCGGGAGGACAUGGUCUUUGACACCGUGAUGCGAUGGGUGGCGGCAGAACCGGCGGGACGGGAACAGGACUUCCUGGAGCUCGUGGGCCUGGUCAGGGUCCCUUUCCUGAGCCUCUCCUUCUUGGACCUCCUGGUGAAGCGCAGCAAGAGGUCCGGGCAGGACUUGGCUGCCAAGCUGGUGAAGAAGCUGGACAGCUGCCCGCCCGCCAGCUGGAAGGAUGUGGCCCGGUUGCCCUGCGUCGGCCGGAGCUACGAGACCCUCUACGUCCUGGCUGGGAAACACGACAAAGAACAGCAGGAGCUUUUCCAGUUUCACCCGAAGAGUGGUGCGUGGCAGGCCUGUGCUCCGCUCCAGCGCAAGAACCUCACCCAGUAUGCCCUGGCUGCAGUAGGGAAUUUCCUUUUUGUAACAGGGGGGUUCUUCCGAGAGGAGUUCGUAUGGUACAAUGUGGACUGGGUGCUGAUCUACAACAGCUGGGACAACAGCUGGCUGGAGGGACCAGCCAUGAAGAAGGCCCGAAACAGCCACUGUGCCGUGGGGGUCGGCCUCCACCUUUACGUCAUGGGGGGGAGCACCGAAGAGGGCAUCACCCCAGACGUCGAGCGCCUGGCCCCAGCUGACUCCGCCUGGGUGAGCACGAGCCAGCUGGUGCACCCCGUGGAGCGCGCGGGGGCCGUCAGCGUGGGGACCCACAUUUAUGUGAUCUGUGGCCUGGGUGAGAACGGAGAUGUGUGCAGCGCCGUGCAGAGGCUGGACGUGGAGACUGACAUUUGGGACGUCGUCUCAUUCUCUCCGCUUCCAAGGUAUGACCUGUGUGUCACGGCCUUGAACGGGGCUGUCUACACCAUUGGAGGGGGCGCAUUUCGCUUUGAUAUGGACACCGGCGAGUGGACCCUAGUGGACGAAGAAUGCUUGACCCAGAAGUUCUUUAAAGGCUGCAGUACGGUGAACGGACGCAUUUACCUCCUAGGGCAAAGGCAAGGGAACGCCGACAUACCAAACAUGGUAGUCUUGGACCCAUAUCUGGACAAGUGCCAGGAGGUGGACAAUAAGCUCCCUUGCCCUCUUCCCAUUCACGGAACCGUCUCCAUACGGAGAUUUGACACUUGGGCAUAAAAGCACAA